AUGAUCGAGGAUUUUUUUUCAGUGUAUCAAUCGGUGCCGGUCGCUAUGACUGUUUCCAUUGAAGGGUUAAUGGAACGGUUCUGGCAUGUUGAGGAGCCGGAGGCUGCGCCCGCGACGUUCACGGACGAGGGGCGUUGUGAAAAAUUAUUUUGUGAACAGUCUAUACGAUUGCCGUGCGACCGUUUUUCGGUACCGUCGCCUUUUCGUGCGCCGCCGUCAGCUGACACUUUUGUCGGGUCCCGCGAACUCGCGGUGCGACGUUUUGACGCACUCGAACGUAAAUUGGCUACGAACCCUCAAUUAAAAUCAUUAUAUGUUUCGUUCAUGUCGGAAUACAUUUCGCUAGGUCAUAUGUCCGUCGCAACGUCCCCGGAACGUUAUUUUAUUCCGCAUCACGCGGUGUAUCGUCCGGCGAUCGACGAAAACAAAAUACGCGUUGUAUUCGACGCUUCCGCGCAAAGUAGUCGCGGACCGUCAUUGAAUAACUGUUUGUUUACCGGUCCUAAAUUACAACAGGACAUAGUCGACAUUUUGACAAGAUUUCGGGUCCCUUAG